AUGUUCUCCGGGGUUGAAGCCUCUUGUCGGUCAGAAAUUCCAAUCCUUGGAAUUCGCUUCACUUUUUACGAGGUAUAUGCCCACGCUGUUGGCUUUGAUACGCGCAAACAAGCGAUGAGGAAGGUGGAUAAUGUCACAACCUGGUAUCUCGUUGUAUGCAAUAGGGAAGGUAAGAAGAAGUCGGACGAAGAUGACCAGUUGAAUGCCCGGUCUGGUUUCGCUAUCAAGCACAUGAAGUUAUCUAAGCGCUGUGGUUGUAAGGCUAGUAUAUCUUUCAAGUUUUUCUCUGAAGAAGACUUGUCGGGUUAUAUUAUUCGGGAGUUUAACAAGGUUCAUAACCAUCACAUGGUUGAGUCGGAACAUCAUCAAUUUAUGUCACGUAGUCGCAAGUUGGAUGAUGUACAUCAGAAAUUCAUUCUCGACUGUUCCAAGGCUAAUAUAGGGCCAACACUUACAUUUAAGGUGUUGAAGGAAAUUCUCGGUGGGUUUGACCUAGUUGGUUGCACUGUUGGGGAUAUCAGGAAUGUUUCGUGGGACAUCAAAUCAUACGCACAUGGAUUUGAUGUACAAAUGGUGUUGGGUGAUAUGGCUAAGAAGAAGGAGAUGUCCGAGGCGUUCACCUAUCACUACGAAGUUAAUGCUUCUAACCAGUUGGUUGCACUAUUUUGGUGCGACGGUUUGAUGAAGAGGAAUUACCACAUGUUUGGUGAUAUUGUGGCCUUUGACUCCACGUACAACACAAACAGGUACAAGCUCAAUAAUGUCUAUUGCUUUCUGAUGCCACGUUACUAUGUGCUACGCAUGUACUGUAUGAUCUUCACUCCUUUCACUGGAAAGGAUAAUCAUGGUAGACCUGUGACCUUCGCGGCCGAAUUGGUGUGCAGCGAGAAAACAGGGGCAUUUCCUUGGUUGUUCAGACAUUUCGUCGAAUGCAUGGGUGUAGCACCCAAGAUGAUUGUGACCGAUCGGGAUUUGGGCAUGAGAUCAGCUAUUGAAGAGAUUCUAUUGGCCAGCAAGGUACCAAACAGGUUGGUGAGGGAUGACGAGUUCAAAAAUGAAUUCAAUGCUUGUGUGUGGUCGGACCUGGUUGAGCCGGACGAAUUUGAGGAGCAGAGAAAUAGAUUGGUCGAACAUCAUCAACUAGAGGACAUUGACUGGUUCACCACAUUGUAUGCGUAUAGGCAUUUCUGGAUACCGGCGUACUUUAGGGAUUUUCCUAUGGGAUUGAUGAUUAGGACUACGUCCAUAUCCGAAUCAGAGAACAGCUUCUACAAAAAUUUUCUGAAGCCCCGAGCUAACAUAGCUGAAUUCUACUUGAAUUUCAAUCACGCCAUUGAAUUCCAGCGAAACAGUAGAACAACGUUGGACUACCAUGAUGCCACUGCCGUACCCAUACUAGCCACUACUCUGCCAUUCGAGAAACAUGCUUCCACGCUGUAUACCGACAGUAUGUUCAAGAGAAUACAAGAAGAAAUUGUAGAGGGUAAUGAAAGAUGUCGUGUGCUUAGAUUUUCGUCCGGAGAAAUGGUUGACACCUACAAGCUUGGGGACAGCAAGCGCAAUGCAUAUGUUGUCCGCCAUGAUAAGACUGAUGAUACUUACUCGUGCGAAUGCAAACUAUUUGGUCGGUAUGGUUAUUUGUGCAGCCAUAUAUUUUUUCUGUUUCAGAACAAUGAAGUGAAAAAAAUCCCGGAUAAAUACUGUGAAAGCCGAUGGAUGAAGACUCCCUUAGCUAAGGCUGUACAUGGGGAGUUUCAGGAUCCCCUGCCUUCCCAUUCCACCGUUGACGAUAGGCAAACUGUGUCUAUCAGGCGAUUUCGAUGUGGCGUCAAAGAACUUGGCAACUCUUUUCAAGCUGGUACUCCGUCAACCUCUGCCUCUGAGAAGAGGCGUAUGGUUGAAGAGUUUUAUGGUAUGGUAAGGCCUGAAGUAGUUAAGGUCUAUCCUCAGGAUGCCGUGAAGACCAAGGGCCACGCCAGCAGCUCUGCGAGCCGUCUGAUUUCGAAGAAAUAG